AUCACUCAAUAUGAAAGAAGUGGCGGAGGCCCAGUCACAAGUAGCUCGUGGUAGCUUCACGUGGACCUCAUUCUGACUCGAGCCAUCAUGCAUCGUACUGGGUCUUGCAGAUCAUACCGGUCUGCUCAUUUCAUCCCCUCUCCCUUCACAGUGUACUAAAAGUCCCAAUUCCACAUCACGCAACAAGGACUCUGGGACAUCGGAGGAAGAAGCCCGCAUCAGCCACUGUCGUCAGGCCAGCAGACUGAUACACUCGGCGCGUGGUCAUGCUCGAGGACGCUGAAGAUGCCCUUGUCCAACAGCUUGCGACUCAUUUCCAUCACAGUCGGGGAGAUGUAGAGCGCGCCUACAGCACAGCACCUCGAAAUGUCCGAACAGUGCUACGACGCCAACAUGUCAACACCGUCCAGCCCCGCUCAGACCGCCCACUAUGCAGGUUUGUUGGCGAAGAAGGCUUGAUACGAGCUUUGGGUUUGGUGCAGUUAGGCGUGGCUCUUCUGACGUUGGCCCGGGUAUACGACGAAUGCCAUGUCGCUCUAUGCAGAAGUCUCGCAGCGACGCACAAAGGGACAGAAGACCAUCAACACAGCUUCGGUCAAAAUCCCUGUGUAGACCUGCGGCUUCUUACAGACAAACUAACACACUACGAAGCCACUGUGGAAUAUGUGGAACACCAGAUUUUACUCGAAACAAAAGUCGAUGGCACACGCAACGCCGUCUGGAAGCCUGUGGUGCGUAUGUCUUUCGACAAACUCCCAAGGUUGGGAUCCCUCGCUGAGUUGUUGCCGGGAGAGCACUCUGCCAGCCAUGGGUAUGCUGGUAUUGGCGGCGGUGGAGGAUCAGAUAUCAUCAGUGCAAGCCUGAUGGGUCUCUUGUUGCAGAGAACCGGCAGCAAGCGAAUGGACCUGCUGAUAUCCACUCGUACCUGGGCAACGGGAUCUCAAGGGAAGCAAGGUUCCAAACUUGGUGUUAAGAGGGAAGUCUACAAUCCUGGUCGGCCUCCCAUCGAGGCGAAUGGACGACCUAUAGCAGGCACCUUCCGCGUCAACAGCGACACACACGCUGAGGGUCGUGACCUUGAAACAAUCCCGCUUAGCCACCAUUCACAAAUCUUCUUGGUGCUGGACCAAGGCGAGUCGACAAAGACGAUUCCCAAAGACGAAAGAGCCGAUCUGAAAGACCAGUUUGAUGCUGUGCUGGCGCAGAGGAAGGCUCCCAUUGAUACGAUCCUUAUUGUUGAUACCGGUGGUGAUGUAUUUGGUGCUGACAGCAGUGGUGGAACUACUCCAGACCAAGAUCUUCGCGUACAGAAAGCGAUCAGCAAACUAUCGCCGGCUUACAAUUUGGUCACCGCUGUGGUAUCACCAGGAGUUGAUGCUCCGGAGGAUGCGCCCCUCAAAGCCUUGGAAGCUGGCGGUAUGGUCUACAAGCUAUCCGAUGAUGAAAAAGAACGACUGCUGGACAUCUUGGUCAAAGAGUACAAGAUGGAUGGUUCCGAUCCGAGCAGAUUUGGGAAGACGAUUCUGGCACUGCAAGCACGUUUACGCGGAGUGGUGGGUUGGACUUCACUGGACCUGCCAACCUACGUUGUCGAUACGUGGGACAACCCUUGGAAUUGCUUUGUGUACAUCCGAGAGUGCAUGAGUGAUAUCAUUUUCAUGCCAACAACAGGUUUGCUGCCUCUCAUUGAUAUGGUCACAGAAGAGCAAGCGAACAUAUGAGAACGGCGGAAAUAAGCCGUCGACUGUGGAAGCUACGCUCCUAUUGCAUCUACAAGAGCUCUGUGCUUGGUAGGACCAAGGGCGACCUACUGAGACGAAGCCAUGGCCGACCUGUCACAUGUCCGCCUGUAUGACCGGACUUGGUUUGCACCCAUCGCAGGUUCCGGGACCGGCGCCAGGCAAAGGAUACUCACAAGAACCUCUGUGGUGGCAGCCUGUCCCGUCUGGACGACAUGGUGGGCAGAAGCAUCGCAGUUGUAGGUAGAUCUAUUUCCGUUGAUAUGCGCGCAUCUCGCCAUCUUGGCGCGGCGGGCAAGUUGCAAUGCCUCCAUAAAAAAGCUGUAGUACCCAUCAGCGCGAUCUACGCCCUA